UAACCAGCCACCAAUCCCUGAGGCUGGAAGAAUGUAUAAAAGGAAGCUCCAAGCUUUUCGAGCUUCAUUCACGAUCAGUUCGAUCCUGUGAUCAUUCAUCAUGGCUCCGGCAAAGUUUGCCGUGAUUUUGUUGGCCUGCAUUGCCGUUGCCCUCGGCACCGAAACGGACCUGGACGCUACGGAGACGAAGCACCGCCAAAUAUCCCACUACCCCGCACAGUCGCAUUACGGUCCUCCGCAACCCGCUUACGGGCCGCCUCCACCAAGAGCCAAAGCCCCUAAAGCCCCCAAAGCUCCUAAAGCCCCUAAGCAGCAGUACGCUGCUCCGGCCCCGUAUCACGCUAAACCUUCUUAUGCGGCUCCCGUAGCUUAUGCUCCUCCAGCUCACGCGGCUUACCCCGCACCGGUGCAUCGUCCGCCCGUCUAUUCGGCGCCGAAAGCUAAAGCUCCAAAGGCACCGAAGGCACCGAAGGCUCCUAAAGGUAAAGCACAACGCCCUCAGGCGUACCAUCCGGCUCCCGUCAUGAUCCCGAUGCCCUAUCGGCCACCGGUGGCUCCAGCUUACCCUGUUCGACCCGCGUACGCUGCUCCUGCUAAAGCUAAGGCUCCCAAAGCGCCUAAAGGCAAAGCUCAUCGCGCUCAGGCCUACCCCGCACCGAGACCGGCUUACGCCGCUCCGGCCUACGGCCCGCCCAAGGCCAAAGCGCCUAAAUCGAAGGGACACGCUAAACCGGUUUAUCGUCCUCAAGCUGUGUACGCAGCUCCGAUGAAGGCUCACGCGGUCACGUACGCAGCUCCUCCGGCUCCUUCUUAUCCAUCGCAUCCAGCUCCUUCUUAUCCAUCCCAUCCAGCUCCUUCUUAUCCGGCUCCAGCUCCUUCUUAUCCGGCUCCAGCUCCUUCAUAUCCGGCUCCAGCUCCUUCAUAUCCGGCUCCAGCUCCUUCAUAUCCGGCUCCAGCUCCUUCAUAUCCGGCUCCAGCUCCUUCAUAUCCGGCUCCAGCUCCUUCUUAUCAGGCUCCAGCUGCAGCUCCUUCGUAUCAGGCUCCUGCAGCUCCAGCUUAUUCAGCUCCAUCUGCUCCUUCGCAUCCAGCUCCUGCGGCUCCUACUUACUCAGCUCCACCAGCUUGGUCUUAUCCAGCUCCUGCGGCUCCGGUUUACUCUGCUGCUCCUGUCCAUUCAGCUCCAGCUGCUCCGGCGUAUGAAGCCCCAGCAGCGCCAGCUUAUUCUGCGCCACCAGCGCCCUCUUAUCCCGCUCCCGCUGCUCCUUCUUAUCCAGCUCCUGAAGCUCCGUCCUAUCCAGCCCCCGAAGCACCUUCUCACCAGGUAUCUGAGGCCUCUUAUCCACCACCUCAAUCCACUUACGGAUCAGCUCCUCCCGCCGCUGAAUGGACCGCCCCUGCCGCUCCUGAAUGGACCGCCCCUGCCGCUCCUGAAUGGACAGCCCCUGCCGCUCCCGAAUGGACCGCCCCUCCAGCUCCUGAAUGGACAGCCCCUCCAGCUCCUGAAUGGACAGCCCCUGCCGCUCCUGAAUGGACAGGCGAACCUUCAAGUCCGGCUGUGGAACCUUCCGUAUCCCAAGGCGGAUCCAGUUUGCUCGAGCUCCCCUGGCCCAAACCACUCGGCUGGACCGGAGAAUUAUCGCAAAUGAUGUUACUCAUGAACAUGAACGAAAUGGUGGUAGAACCCGCCGUGCCCAAUUACGGGGCAGCCCCGAUUGCCCAGCCGGAAUCGCCAGUGGAGGCGUCCUGGCCAGCGCCCUCGUACGGAGUCGCUCCAGUAGCCCCGAUCGAACCGGAAAUUUUCGUUGCCCCCGUUCCGGUUGAACCUGAAAUCACGUACGCACCGGCUCCCGAACCGGAAGCGCCAGCGGUGGAGGAACCUACGAUUUCGAUAGCCGAACCGGCCCCCAUGGUCGUCGAAGAGAUCCCGCAGGAAGUUGAAUAUGUGCCCGUUUCGGAAGCACCGGAAGCGCCAGCACCGGAAGUUAUUUUCAUUGCGGAGCCGGUCGUGACCACAACGGCCGCACCUCUUGUAGAAGUCGUGGCCAUUGCCGAAACGAUCCUUCCGGAAGAAGCUCCCAUUGCCCAACCGGAACAGGUUGCUGAAAUUGAAUCCGUUCCCGAGGUUGCAGCUCCGGAAGUUGUUCCAGAAAUCAUCGAAACUGCGUCGGAAGCUGCUCCGGAAUUAGUCGUUGUCAUUGCUCCGGCUCCUGAAUUUGUCGAGGCUGUGCCGGAAGUGGCUCCUUUCGUCGAAGCGACUGAAGGACCCGCACAGGAAAUUGUUUUGGUCGUCGAAGCGACUGAAGGACCCGCACAGGAAAUUGUUUUGGUCGUCGAAACUGCGUCGGAAGCUGUUCCAGAAAUUGUUGUCGAACCCGUACCCGAAGUCGUGGCUGUUCCAGAAGUUGAAGCCGUUCCGGAAGUCGUAGCUGUUCCAGAAGUUGAAGCCGUUCCAGAAAUCGUAGCUGUUCCAGAAGUUGAAGCCGUGCCAGAAGUCGUAGCUGUUCCAGAAGUCGAAGCCGUUCCCGAAAUUGUCAUUGCCCCGGCAAUUGUUGGAGCUGUUCCGGCUGUUGCACCUAUAGUUGCACCUGUCGAAGCGGAAGUGACUCCGUCUCAACUGUACGUCGCGCCAACAGCACCAGCCCCGGCCCCCGAAAUCGCCAUUUCCAUGGUCACGGCCGCGGUUGAACCGGUCAGUCCCGCCAAACCGGUUGAGGAAGUGCCCGUCUCACCUGCGGUCGAGCCGGUUGUCGAACAACAGGUAACCAUCGAAGCGGCCAAGCCUGUCGAAGAAGUAGCCGUUGUCCCUGAACCAAUUCCAACACCUGAAGUGCCUUCAGUUCAAUAUCUUCCACCGGUGGAAACGUCCAGCGCUGCCCCUGCCAUCGCUCCAGUCAUCGAAGAGAUCGUGGUCGUCCCCGAAGUUGUCGAAGAGAUCGUGGUCGUCCCUGAAUCGAAACCUGAGAUCGAGGAAGCUGUUGACACUACGAAACCCGAAGCUGUUCCAGCAUUAUCCCUGGAAUAUUUACCUCCUCCUCAAAUUACGUCCGUUCCAGAAGAGCCUCAGGUAGUUGAGGAAGUUGUUAAACCUGAAGACAAACUGGAGGUGGCUCCUGUCGUCGAGGAAGUCAUCAUCUCCGAGAAACCCGUCGAAGAGGUGGUGGUCACUAAGAAGCCUGUUCCAGUACCCGAAUUAUCGUUGGAAUAUUUACCUCCGGUUGAAAUCAAACCUGCCGUCAUCUCGGAAGUGGCAACGACUGCACCGGAAAUCGUUGUUCCAACAACCGUGCCGACCAUCGUCAACGUAGAGCCUAAAGUUCCAUCCCUGGAAUAUCUUCCACCUCUAGCAGCUACGGCUAGAAAGCUACGCCAAUCCCUGUGGAGGACUAAUUGAAAAAUAUAAAGAUUUGAAAUGAAAAUAAUCAAAACAUAUUAUGGCAGCCUGGAACAUCAAAAAUAUUAGCGUUCGCCAUUACUCAUUAACGUAGACCAUAAAUUAUUUUUAUUUUCUAUAAUUUCAUUGUCAUGUUUUUAAUUCUUUUUUUUUCUCAUCGUAUUUUUUUGGGGGAUUUUGAUUUGUUUGAUAUGAAAUGCACCACCCACUAGGGUCGGCUUUAGAGACUCGCUCAACAUUCACGAAAAAAAAUAUACUGCACUUUCGCUCACAA